AUGCCUCAUCCCCGCGUGGAGACCUAUUCCGUGCCUCCACCCGUUGCCUAUCAAUCAGUUCAAGCCAAGCUGGUAUAUCUUGAGUAUUUCCAGCGUCACCAACGGCGAACCCCUUACAACAUACUUCCAGGAGGCGAGGAUCAAGAAUACGACUGCGACAACAUCAACCCGCACACAUACGCGGCGCUUGCUUCACAACAUCCGUCUCCGGUAGCCGUCUAUGGCCAGGCCUACUCUGAUCAAAGUAAUCCGUUUCUCAACACCUACGUCAAUGGAUCUUGCCAGUAUCCUCAACUCACACGCGGCGGUUUUCUGGAUGGCUACCGGCACGGUAGCGACCUCCGCGCCGUCUAUGGUGAACGGUUAGGCUUGCUCCCCUCCACUCCUGACCCCAAGAAAGUCUGGUUGCGCUCCAGCUCCUCAGCCCUUACGCAAGGCUCAGCGGGAGCCGUGCUGCGCGGAAUCUGGCCCGACCAUCGAGGCCCCGUUCCGCUACACCAGCAAGCCUCCGCGAUAGAUACGGUGGACAGGGGCUUUCCCUGCGCGGCGCGCGAUACGCUCCAAUCGACAAUUGAGUCCACUGCAGAGUGGAAAGACCAUCUCAACGUCACGGAGACUCUCCGUAGCACACUUGCAACCAUGUUCGACGCCGAGAGUGUCAGCGCUUGGACCUCCAACUUUGACCAUUUUGCCGACAAUUUCCAGGCCCGUUUGUGUAAUGGCUACCAACUGCCAUGUCGUGUGGAUGAUUCAUCCCAAUGCGUCACCGCGGAGCAGGCGGAUGAAGUCUUUCGCGCUGGUGAUUGGGAGUAUAACUACUGGUGGCGGCGCAAUGCAAAUGCCACGCUCUAUAUUCAACUCGUCGAGGGGCUGUUCAUCGGGGAGGUUGUGCGCAAGCUCGAGGCACUUGAGCAGGGAUCGUUGGAGCUUACGUAUAGCCACAAUUUUGUUCAUGAUGGGGACAUUGCGCCCAUUCUAGGGGCUCUGGGGAUUAAAGCCCUACGGUGGCCAGGGAUGGGAUCAAACAUCGCCAUAGAAAUCUGGGAAACGUCCACGUCGGAGUUGUACGCUCGGGUGCUCUAUAGCGGUCAUCCCAUCGACACUAUUCACGGAACACUGGACUGGAUCCCACUGUCUCAACUUCUGAAUAUCCUCCGUCCAUUUGUCCCGCAAGACAUCAUCGCCAUGUGCAAGUAG